AUGUCCGCCGCUACAAUGUGCGAUUCUUGCAACCGAGUCCAUGAUCUUAAUGGCUCCCAGGAUAGCGCUCGAAUCGAAAACUCUUCGCAUGACCUGAAGGCUACUUUCCGAAAGAUGGCCGUCGACCCCGGGCCGGCUUGUGUGUUGCGCAAUGUCUUCGAGUGUGGUACUAGCCGCGUAGUAGGAGUGCUGUGCACACAACCCACAACGCCGGCGUCGAUGUACUUCAGCAUCAGCGACGAGCUGCACGGUGCUAGCCUUGUAACCGAGCGGCGUGGCGGACGAGGACUCUCGACAAACACUAGCAGAAGGAUCCUCGCUGCUGCAGCGAUAGCGAGCGUGCUUCAAGGAGCCGAUACGGAUGAACGCUUCACUCGCGCAGAGCGCGUCCGGUCGAAGAGGGCUGUGGUUGAUGCGGGUGCGGACGAGGUCUGUUUUCUGCAAGCGACAGAUAGAAGCAGCUUUAAGAAGUUGCUGGAGAAGUUGCUAAAGGAUGUCAGAAGCGUGGACUUGACUGGCGUUGGCGCUCUUUUUAGCAACAACAUCGUCGCAUUUGCAGUAUGGGCUGCGGACCGUACCUGUAUCCUCUUCUUCUUCUUUUGUGGUUCUGUGGGCAUCAGAAUCAGCAUCAUCAGCCGGCCUCACUUAGGAGCUGUCUACAGUGCACCAUCACCACUGCGAAUGGGUGGCUUCUUGACUCGCCCGCCACGCCCACGCCUCGCCACCAUGACGGAUAUUGAGGUUGAUUUCGGACCCAUGAUUGACAUUGAGGAGGAAUCCGCUGCGCUUCAUUUGCGCCUUGAUUGCCUCCACCAGCGCUCUAAGUCUUCGCCUGCGCUCUCGUCUUUGCCUGCGCUGUCCAAAGGAGAGGAUAUGCCGUCAGCACGAUCAUCACCACCAGCGGAACGUUUACGCCCUUUUGCUGCCACCUCUUUGGCCACACUUUGCGCAUGGCUGGCCGGAAGCAGGAGCAAGAGCAGUGACGACAACAGCAAGAGUCUUUGCGGCAGCGGAGGCCAGCCGCAAGUGUUGCCGAAGGAGGAGGACGAAGAUAACAAUAAUGAUGAAAACGACGAUAAGGAGAACGAUGAUUACCGCGGUCGCUGCGCUGUUCGGCGCAAGCGUGUUUGUAAGCUCGAAAGAGACCAGGGACAUGACGGCGCGAAGCAGCGCGCGGCGGUGUUGGUUCGAACAUAUCUGAGGCCCUCUGAUGCCGCCUCCAUGGAUGGUUGAUGUCCCAAUAGUAUACUACUCUCCACUUUUCUCACUCUUCUACUGUCCCUCUGCGAAUGGCUCAAAGGAUUGAUACUUCUCGUCCAAUAUCGACGUUAAAGUUGGCGGAGACGAUGCAGGACGAGGGAAACCUUGAUCUCGUGCACUUCCCAAC